GGCCUGGGUUACGCCCUGAGGCGCGCAUGACUUUCUCACAGUCUGUGAAAAUGGCUGGCGGGAGUACGGCAGGAUUGGUUAUUUUCAGUUUUUGUGCGCGACGGCACUCCUCCGCCCAGAUCUGCAUCCAUGUUUGAAAUGAGGUGCCGUCGCCGGCCAUAUGCAGUAUACAACAUGUUAGAAUCAGUCCACCGCGGAUGCAUUCCUCUCAGAGAUAUAUUUCGAAAGGCAUUAGCUAAUUGUACUUGGUGUAUAGGUGUUUAUCUGCACGACUUCCGGUUUGAGUAUCUCCGGAGGCUUCUUCGGUGCCGGCAAACAUGUCUGGGCUAUCAGCGUCACCAACUAACUGAUGACGCUAUUCAAGAUCCUCUAUAUCCACGUCAUGGUAUAUUCCGCCGGAGCGCCGCCUCCAAAGUCUCGAUCCUCUUCUUCUACCGCCGCGUCUUCAUGGCCUGCCACGCAGAUCUCUCCCUUCGCAUCGGUAUCUACCUCAGCUUCUUGCUCACUCUCUCCUACCCGAUAAUUAUCUGCGUCAAAAUGGCCACUUCGGUGGAAAGGGAGGGGGGGAGUACGGCUGAUCAGUCGAUCGUGGUGCAUUCGAGUUUUGAGCAGUCUGUUUCGAAUAAGUAGAGGUUUAUACCGUUUUAUUCAAUAUCACACGAUCAAUGAGG